AUGGGCAACUGUGGGCUUGGAGCUUGGGCUGACGAUGAAGGAGAGCUGACACAGGAGAGGCUUGUGGAAGCCGUGGAGGAGAUGAAUGUUGAUGAGGUUGAGAGGUGCCUCAAUGGCGGAGUGCCGGUCAACAAGUCAAUCGAUUCAAAGGGGCACACGCUGCUCGACAAAUUCGCAGCUGAGCAUGCAGCGAUGUUACGAGAUGCGCUUCACUAUAGAGGCACACCGGGCGAGGCCACGAAGCUGCUCGUGGAGAAGCAGGAAGCUGCGGCCCAAACUUUGAAAGUGCUGCUGCAGCAUGGCGCCAUCCUCUCGGGGCGCUCGGCCGCGGCGGCACCCUGA